AUGGUUCUCCUCAACCUACUGACGUUCGGGCUAUGGUCAAAGGUCGGACGAUUGACACACUAUGCCUUUGACGCGGUCCUGAUCUCCGCAUUUCUUGCGGGCAUGAAGCGAUCGACCGGCUUGACCUUCAAGACGGACAAGGUCGCCGGCGACAACAAGGAGGCCAACAAGUGGAUCGACAAGUACCUCGGCCUCGGCGAAUGGGUCAUGGACCAGUCCGUCGCCAUUGCCGGCUCAAGCAGCUUCUUUGAGCGCACGCGAUAG